CAAGAUGAGCAGGAGCUUGUGCCCGACCCGUCAGAGAGCAGGGCGAGUCGAUCGAGAGACAGCAUGCACACCACCGUCACCUGCUUCAACUUCAGAACCAACCACAAAACCCGGAGAGAGUCCAAAACCGCACAGAGCGCCAAGGAAAACCCGGCAGACUGCGGGCCGAGAGGCAGAAGCGCCGGCAGAAGAGCUUCCCAGGACCAGAAGCCGGUCGCAGGCUCGGGUACGGUGGGCUGUCAGUGGUUCCCUUGGCAGCCGGCGGCGAACAGAAACACCAAGAGACCUGAGCUCCACAUCACUGAGCCCAUCUUCUCACAGGACCAGGAGUACGGGAACCCUCGUCGCGGCAGCUUCGGCUCUCAGACGGCCCGUGGAGAGACCACUGCAUCCAGCCCAGAAAGCCCAAAUAGAACCAUGAAGCUUCACCGUGUCAUGGAGGAGCUCCUGCUGACGGAGGUGGAGUACGUCCGCUCUCUGGGAUACAUCUUGACUCAUUACGUCCCCCUGUUGGCCAGACCCGACGUCCCGCAGGAUCUGCGCGGUCAGCGCGGACGAAUCUUCGGAAACCUGGAGAAACUGUACGACUUCCACUGCCAGCACUUCCAGCAGGAACUGGAGUCCUGUCAGGCAGAACCACUGCGAGUCGGACGCUGCUUCCUAAACCACACAGAGAGUUUUGGACUUUACGCACUUUACAGCAAGAACAAACCCCAGUCUGAUGCGCUCAUUCAACAUCAUAGAUACUUCAAGCGUAAGCAGAUGGAGUUGGGUGACAGCAUGGAUCUGUCCUCAUACCUGCUGAAGCCCGUCCAGAGGAUCAGUAAAUACAGCCUCCUGCUGCAGGAGAUCCUGGACGAAUGUGUGCCGGAUCAGAGCGGAGAACAAGAGGAGAUCCGGGCGGCUCUAGAAGUGGUGCGAUUCCAGCUGCGGCACGGGAACGACCUGCUCACCAUGGACGCCAUCCGGGACUGCGAUCUGAACCUGAACGAGCAGGGCCAACUGAUUCGCCAGGAUGAGUUCUGGGUAAUUUUCCGCAAGAAACGUUCCCUCCGGCGAGUGUUUCUCUUCCAAGACGUCAUUCUCUUCACCAAGACCAAAAAAAAUGACCGUGGAGAUGAUGUGUACGUUUACAAACUGUCUAUCAAGACCUGUGAGAUUGGGAUGACCCACUCCUGCGGUCUGAGUGGCCGGAGUUUCGAGAUCUGGUUCAGGAGGAGACGGUCCCAGGACACCUACAUCCUACAGGCCGAGACACAGGACGUCAAGGAGGCCUGGACCAGAGACCUGGAGCACAUCCUAUGGGAACAAGCGCUGAAGAGCAGAGAGCAGAGACGACAAGAGAGGUUGUUCAUGGGAAUGAGUUGGAAACCUUUUAUAAACUUUCAGCCCAGAAAUGCAGCCGUUAACAAUCACGCCGUGAACGGUGAUGAUGUUACAGGAAGAGAAGUUGUAGGAAUCCUGAAAACUCCCAAUCCCUUGGUGUCCAGCCUUCAAAGGGGCGUGUCUCUGCCACGGCCUGAUUCGAUUGGCUCUGGCAGCAGCACGUCAACCGCCGGCAGCCACUCAUCAUCCUCGUCUGGGCGGGGCUCCAUGUCCCCAAGCGUUUUCAGAGGAAAAUACGACUCCUCUGUGGAGAACGCAGGUUUAUUUAGCUGUGUGGAUCAUAAUUGCCCCACUGGAAGAAGAGCGUCUGUGUCAUCACUGGUUCACUGCAGACCUUCAGCUCCUCAGUCGUCUCCUGCUCGUGCUCUUCACUACGGCUCACCUACCCUGUCCAGAAAGAAGAUCAGUCCACAAACAGAUGCUCACGGCACUCUCAAGUGUCAGUUUCAAGAGCCGAUUCGUUCCAAAGCAUCAACAGAAGUUUAGCUGUGAUUGAGUUCACUGAUGCCAGAUCAGGUCAUGUGACGCUCUAACCAGUGAAGUCAACAAGUCAGAUGUUACAGUCUGAUGCUGAACAGACCAGAGAUAUCAGUUCAUAUUUUGAAAGAAUUGCAGUAAGAAAGAAGAAAAAGCAAGAUGACAGUGACCAGACCUUUUUGGAGGACCAGUUGUUUACUUCAUCAUCAUCAUCAUCAUAAUCAUCAUCAUUAGAAAAGGCACAUUAUGAGGAACCACAUGGACAUUUUCCUGUUGCAUUUCUGGAAAAAGAACAGAAACAUUCUGUUUAAGCUUGGACAUUAUUUUGCAUGAGACAAUUUCUUGAUGAACUGUAAAUAAAAAUCAUAUUGCACAAGAAAAUGCAAUGUUUAAUAUUACAUUAACCAGAAAAUGCAUUUAUAGCCAAAUAUUCUAUGUGUCAUGAUCAAACGUCCUGCUAUACCACUGAAAUGCUGUGAUUUGUACAUUUAACCAGCUCAAAACCCCUGUGAAGUUUGUGGGAUUCGGGGAAUUUGGAAAAUACAUACAUAAUGGAAACAAUAAUGCUUGAAAAUUUCUUUUGAAAAUUCAUUUGGAUUGUCUAAGGGUUUUAUGUUCAUGUCAUGUACUGUAAUAUGCAGGAUGUCAGCACCUCACUGGAGAGAGAAAACUGUGUUUUAUUAUUUAAAAGAUUUAUAAUAAAUAAAAGAAGGUCAUUAUA